AUGUUCCACGAGACUCUGGACCAUGAACAUUCGCCGUUUCUCAAGAUGAUGGAUUGGACAAAGGUACUGAAAAGAGAGACCGUUUUUUCCUAUACAUUUUUUUUUAAAGAAGUAUGGAUCGGUUUACGGGAUCACAGAAGGUCCGCAGAAGACGUUGGUGAUUUCGGAGCCGGAGUUGGUCAACGAGAUAUUCGUAAAACAGUUUGACAACUUUUACGGUCGGAAAUCGAGGCCGAUCUUCGGCGAUGCGGAGAAGGACAAACGGACCCACAUGUUUGCGGCACAGGGAAAACGCUGGAAACGUCUACGCACGCUGUCCUCGCCCAGUUUCUCGAACAAUUCGCUUCGGAAAGUGAAGAGUACGGUACAAGAGUGCGUGUCCGAGAUUAUGUGGCACAUCGAGCAGAAAGUGGAGAAGCGGGAGGACAUUGACAUGUUGCAGUGAGUGUUGUACAAGUUCUCGAAUAGCUUUCAUUACUUUUAUUCAGGUUUUAUCAAGAAUAUACACUGGGAGUGAUCUGUCGAGUCGCUUUUGGGCUUACCGAGUCACAAAUGUUCAAGAAUCCGUUGUUGGCAAAGGUGCAAGAAGUGAGUUUUUCAGAAGGGCUCUUUUUAAAUGCGCUCAAGUCAACUUUUCAGGUGUUCUACGGCUCGCGCAACGUCUUCUUCCUCACCGGCGUCUUUCCGCCGCUCGCCAGCUUCGUCCGCCGCAUCCACAAGUAUCUGCCAGAGGAUUUUGCGCCCUCGUUCCGAAUCUUCGGGCUCAUUGAGCAGGGCCUGGUGAGACGGAUCAAACAAAGAGAAGCGGAUGCGCAGAAGGGAAUUGAGCCCGGCGAGCCGCAAGAUUUCAUCGAUCUCUUCCUGGACGCGCGCACCGAUUCCGCCCAUUUCGGCGAGACCAAUGAGGAUUUCUCGAAGACGAACGCCGUAAAAGUGCAAAAACAGUUGACGGCCGACGAGAUCAUCGGACAAUGUUUCGUGUUCCUCCUCGCCGGCUUCGACACCACCGCACUUUCGCUGUCCUACGCCACGUAUCUGCUCGCCACGCAUCCGGAAAUCCAACACAAGCUGCAAGAAGAGGUGGAUCGGGAGUGUCCGGACCCGGAUAUCACUUUCGAUCAACUGGCGAAACUAAAGUACAUGGAACUCGUCAUGAAAGAGAGCCUCCGACUCUACCCGCUAGCUACUACGUAUGUUUGAUCUUCGAUCGCUUAGCAGGUGCAACUAUUUUUGCUAAUAUUUUCAGUGCCAACACUCGAAAAUGUAUGCGAGAGACGACGAUCAACGGGUUGACGAUCGAGGAGGGCGUGCAUGUGCAGGUGGACACGUGGACGAUGCACCAUAAUCCCAGGAUCUGGGGAGAGGACGUCGAGGAGUUCAAGCCCGAGAGGUUCGACUAUUGUCGCUUCUAUUUGAGUAUUUGCAAUUAAACGUUUGAUUUCAGAUGGCUCGACCCGAAAACAGAGCGUCUGGAGCACACAGGAGCCUACAUCCCGUUCGGCUCGGGACCACGUCAGUGCAUCGGAAUGCGUCUGGCGCAGAUGGAGCAAAAGUCGCUGUUGGCUCAAAUCCUCCGACAAUACACGUUCAAAACGACGGCCAGCACUCAAAUCCCGUUGAAACUCGUCGGCAAACUGACCGUGUCUCCCGAGAGUGUCUACGUGCGCGUCGAGCCCAGGGAUGUUUAA